AGUCCGUUGUCCUUCCGGGGGCAGCCCCUCCGUCACCUCUGCCUCCCCAGGUGGGGCACCGGAGUGGGAAAGGUGCUGACCUCGCUCACAGUUGGGUGCUGCUCUCCCGGCCAGCACCCAGCCUUCCCCAUCUGGCCCGGCUCACGUCCUGCACUCACAGCCCAUCUCUUGUGCGGGCAGCCAGACCCUCUUUUGCAGAGCAGGGCUCCGGAGACUCAUCUCAUUUCCCGUCGCGUUAAGCUUCUCUUCCUCGUUGCAGCCGCCGAAGCUGCAGGCGAGGUCAAGGGGACCAUCAUGUCCUGUCACCCGGGGGAGGCCCCCAGCGGACUUCAGAGCCUGGGGUGGUGAAACCUUGAGGGCCAGCCUGCGGUGGGCUCAGGAGGAACCUGCGAUAAGAUGUGCAGCAGUUAGGGCAGCUACUUUGAGGUCGGGGGGCCGGGAACCCACAGGAAGUGACUCGGUGCAGAGCUGAUGUGCCUCUGUCCCGGCAGCCAUCCUGGGACAGGAGCUCGGGCUGGUGAGGCUGGGGCCAUGUCGGCGGAGUGCUGGGAGCCCGGGCCGGGGGGGCACCCUUGGGCCUCGGGCGCAGGUUUGUGCCCCCCUGGGACCGCGUCCGCCCCCUGGAACCUGCCCCGCUGGUGGGCUUGGCUGGCCGCCGCGGUGCUCUGCUACAUCAACCUCCUGAACUACAUGAACUGGUUCAUCAUUGCAGGGAUGCUGCUGGACAUACAGAACUUUUUUCAGAUCAGUGAUAGCAGUGCUGGUUUGCUUCAGACAGUCUUCAUCUGCAGCCUGCUGCUGUCUGCACCUGUGUUCGGCUACCUGGGCGACCGGCAUGGCCGCAAAGCCACUCUGAGUGUUGGGAUCCUGCUCUGGUCGGGGGCAGGCCUCUCCAGCUCCUUCAUCUCCCCCCAGCAUUCCUGGCUCUUCUUCCUGUCCCGGGGAGUCGUGGGCAUAGGCUCGGCCAGCUACUCCACCAUCGCGCCCACCGUCCUGGACGACCUCUUUGUGAGGGACCAACGGACCCGAGUGCUGGCCAUCUUCUACAUCUUCAUCCCUAUUGGAAGCGGUCUGGGCUACGUGCUGGGGUCGGCCGUGUUGCAGCUAACUGGGAACUGGCGUUUGGCCUUGCGAGUCAUGCCUUGCCUGGAAGCCGUGGCCUUGAUCCUGCUUAUCGCGCUGGUUCCAGACCCGCCUCGGGGAGCUGCUGAGAAGCAGGAAGAGGUGGCCGUGGGGGACCCGAGGAGCAGCUGGUGUGAGGAUGUCAGGUACCUGGGGAGAAACUGGAGUUUUGUGUGGUCGACCCUUGGGGUGACUGCCAUAGCCUUUGUGACUGGAGCGCUGGGCUUCUGGGCCCCCAGGUUUCUGCUCGAGGCCCAUGUAGUGCAUGGGCUGCAGCUUCCCUGCCUCGAGGAUCUGUGCAACAACCAGGACAGCCUGAUUUUUGGGAUUCUGACUGUGGUGACUGGCAUCAUUGGGGUGGUCCUGGGAGCAGAGGCUUCACGGAGGUACAAGAAGGUCAACCCGCGGGCUGAGCCCCUCAUCUGUGCCUGUAGCCUGCUUAUUGCUGCCCCCUGCCUCUACCUGGCUCUCAUCCUGGCCCCGGUCACUCUCCUGGCCUCCUAUGUGUUCCUGGCCCUCGGGGAGCUGCUUCUGUCCUGCAACUGGGCGGUGGUUGCUGACAUCCUGCUGUCUGUGGUGGUGCCCCGGUGCCGAGGGACAGCAGAGGCGCUUCAGAUCACGGUGGGCCACAUCCUGGGGGACGCCGGCAGCCCUUACCUCACUGGCCUUAUCUCCAGCACCCUGAGGGCCGGGCGCCCCGACUCCUACCUGCAGUCCUUCCUCAGCCUUCAGCAGAGCUUCCUGUGCUGCACCUUCGUCAUCGCCCUGGGCGGCGGUUGCUUCCUGCUAACCGCGCUGCGGCUGGAGAGGGACCAGGCCAGGGCCCGGCAGCCGGGCACAGGGACCCCUGGCAGCGAGGACACGGAGAGCCGAGUCCUGCUUUCCAGCAUGUGUGCUACCGCCGAGGACCCCUGAGGCCCCCGCGCCCCCGCGAGGAGGUCCCACUCGCCUGCCGCACCCCUCCCGCCAGCCCCGGCAGCCUCAGCGCCUCUGUCCCCGUUUGGCCUUGGCUCCGGGACCCGGCACGGCUGCACCUGCCACUGCUUCACUCCCAGCUGGAGGGCUGGGCGUGCCUGAGGCCGGGCUGGGGACUGAGCUGUCCGCACUCUCUGCUGGGAGUGGGGGCCGGAGAGGAAGAGGAGGGCAGCCCGGGCGAGGGCUGCAGGGCCUCUCCCCACCCUGGACCCCUCGCUCUGCAGGGCAGAGGGCACAGGACACCCCUUUGCCAGGGUCACCCUCUGAACAAAAGGGGGGCAUCCGGUAGUCUCGAGGGGGGUUUCACUCUGCUGCCCAUGUGACUUCAAGCUCCUGGAGGAGGAAGGGCGUCGGGUCCCCCACAGACUCAGCUGCCCUGGGGCCACGCGGGGGAGGGGGCUCGCAGCCUGGCCCCUGCCCCCUGCUCAUGCUCCGACCCCGGCACAGCGCCCGGGGCGGGCUGGCUCUGCGGGCCCCGCGCUUGCCACUGGGUUCAGCGCAGCUGGGCGCGGCAGGAGACCGACAGCUUCCAGGCGGGCAGCAAUGGGGAGGCGUGUUCUUUCUGCCCCGUGAGCACCAGCUUCUCUGCCCCUGCCCUGGUGCCUGGCCAGCAGGGGCCUGCCUCCCAGCAGCAGGCUCAUGCUCACCUCCUGACCCUGCCUCCCUGCCCCUACUGCCGGACAGACAAGCUCCGGGAGCUGGGCCCCCCGGCUCAGCUCCCCCAUCCCCAUCCCUUCCCCAGGAGUGGCCACUGCCAAGCUGACCAGCCCCUCCACCCACAAUCUGACCCUUGGAGCGCAUAAAACACGCUGCCCCUGAACUUAUAAGGAAAAACCUGCACCGGUUACGGUGUUUGCAGGGGAUCCCACCUCUCCAAGCAGUUUUCUCCUGGCCUCCACUCAUUUCUGACCCUGUGUACCGGGAGAUAAGGUCAGAGUCCCCGCCCAGGGUAAGGGUUCAGUCCUCCAAGACUGCUCACCCCAGCCCUGCCCAGUGGAUGGGCCAAGCACAGGUCCACAUUGUCAGCUGUGCUUCUAACUGACCAGCUGUGAAUCAGAGGCUCCCGUGCCCCCUCCUCAGGUUCUGUUAAUCUGCUAGAGCGGCUCGCAGAGCUCAGGAAACUCAUUUACUCAUUAGAUCACCGGUUUAUAAUAAAGGGCACAGCUCAGGGACAGCAGGUGGGAGGGAGGCCCAGGGCGAGGUGUGGGGCAGGGGCAGGGCCGCCGUGCCCCCUCCAGGAGCCCCAUCCACCAGCACCCCCGCGCGCUCACCCUAUUCUUUUUGGCUUUCGUGGACGCUUCAUUACUUAGACACCAUCGAUUAAACCACUGGCUUUUGGUGAUCGAUUCGACCUCCAGCCCGUCAGUCAGUCGUCCGUCCGCAUUGGUCAGUGGGGGGACUGGGAGUUCUCCUGGCCUCCAGCCUCCCCUUAGGUGGGGUCCAAAUGCCACCUCAUUAACAGACAAAAGGCACCUUUAGGUCUCUCAGCAUUUAGGAAAUUCCAAAGGUCUUAGGAAUUCUGUGCCGGAAACAGGAUGAAGACCAAACAUAAGUCCCACGAUCACACUUGCUUUCUCCUGAGAAGGAGACACCCAGUCUGGGG